AUUGAGUCUGGAAGAGCGUCUUCGUUGAGAAAAGACGAUGGACAAGGAAGCUGUAGCUUCCAGUCCAACGUCUCUUGUUGACAAUGUCUCCAAGACCGUGUCGGAGAUGGAGGAACUCUUGGAGAGAGCCAGGAACUUCGUGAAAGGGUCUCUGGAUGAUUUCAUGGACAGCAGGGUGGGAUGUUUGGGGGGUCUGAUCGGAAUCUACCACAACUUCUACACCAGAUUAUGUGUGAAGACAAGGCUGGAGGCUGAGAGACUAUGGGAACAUCUGUACAGGUACCCAUCUGUGCAGUCAGCAGUAGAAGACCUGUGGGAGGUGGAGGAUCAGUGGGACACCUUCCUGCAGGAUGUGGACAAACAGUUAAACGCAGACAGGGCAGGAGGAGAGGACCUCAGGGUGGGGGCGAGGGGACCGGUGGAUGUUCCUCUGGUAGAUGCUAGAACAGGGAGAUCAGUGAGCCUGCAGGACUACCUGGGUUCCCAGUGCCUGGUGCUGGUGUUACUGCGACACUUUGCCUGACUACCGUGACGCGACCACAUCGCCCAGAUCAAGGCCCAAGAGGCUGAGGUCCAGGCUGCAGGUGGUCGUGUGAUGGUGGUGUCCUUCGGGUCCCAGGCAGGUGCGCAGCGCUGGUUACAGGACACCAGCUGUCCGUACGACAUGCUGCUGGAUCAGGACAGGAAGUUGUAUGGUGCCUUUGGCCUUGGGAGAUCAGUAUCCAAGGUCUGGUCUGUUGCUGCUCUAACUUACUAUGCUGAACAGAAGGCUGCAAGACGGACACUGCCAAAGAAGUACGAGAAUGUGGAGGACGACCCCCAUCAGAUGGGAGGAGACUUCAUCUUCGAUCCCCAGGGUAAGGCACUGCUGGUCCACUGUAGUAAGGUCUCCACCGACAGGCCUGAGGUGUCAACCAUCAUCAGUGUGCUGAAGGACUACCAAGGCAAGGGAGAACCGAUGUCAAAGAGGGUAAAAAAAGAAGAGGGUACUUAGAUAGUCAGCAAACCUGCCCAGCAGCCAAAGUAACCUCCAACUAGUUACAUAUCCAACAUAUCAUGUUUCCAGCUUCAUGAAUUCAUGGACAUAAAAGUGAGCCAAGCUCUGGCUAGUCUUGGCUUUCAGGCCACACUGUACCUGUUGUAGAGUACUGUAACAGUAAUUCAUGUCAGCUUUCCUGCUCGACUUUGGACACCUUUUUCAGGUGCCAGUGGACACGUCAAAUAUAUGGCAGGAAGUUUAAAAGUGUCAGCUGUUGUGUUUAAUAGAAGUGGCUGUUGAUGUUUGGUUGGGACGUUUCCCCACUGCUGCACCUCUGCACAGUUAAUGAAGGCUGCUUCACAAACUGCUGAGUCAGCCGAGCCAGCUGGACGGGUCUGUGUGGGGUCAGGUUGGGUGAAAGGUCAAAUCAAUGUCACUGCAGAGAAAAUUGACAAAUGCCUUACUUUUGUGGAGGGCUGUCACCAGCUUUGAAUUGUUCGUUCUUCAUGUAAGAGGUGUUUUGAUGAUUUGGGGGCAAUUGUGGCAAAAACAUAUUUCAAAUGUCAUAUAUAUACUUAAAAGAUUUUGCCCAACCACAGGGAUGGACGGCGAAAUUUUUGACUGUCCGCAUGUAAGCACUACAUGUAUAUUAUCAGUUUGUUUAUCAAUUUAUACUGCACUAUCUAUACUGAUGCAAUGAUAUGGAUGUGCCACCAAUCUUGAGGUGAAUAAAUGUUCAUCACUCAAGUAGGACUUGGAGUGUAGUAAUGAGACUUCUCACUUCUGUUAAAAAGUGAUUGCACAGAAAACUGAUGUAACACAUUGCUGUGUAAUAGAUUAAUGAGAGAACCUAUUUUUGAUGAAAGCUGAUGUAAAUGCCACAUGGCAUAUAUUUGAAGUAUACAAUGUAAUCCUUAAUUACUUAAGGAGUGUGGUAGAAAGAUCUUGAAGAUAAUAAAAAAAGACCCAACUCACAAAGAUAUGAGCCUCUCGUGUUAUCAUCAAAAUGUACAAUAUUUGUCUACAGACUAGCUUUCCAUACUUUCAUACUAAAAUCAUAGGCUUUGACAUUGUGGAGAACAUACAACUUGCACCAGAGAACUUGUUAAAUAAGA